UCCAACUUAUAAGUGUGGAAAGAAUAAUCUCAAAUAAUAUUGUUGGUGUGAUCAGGAUUAAUUGAGGAAGAUGAUGACCAAACUCUCCAUGUCUUGCUCUUGCAACACUAGUACCACUCUCAGUCUGAUUCCCAACAUUCCUCCACCUGCACUUCCACCAAUUAGUCCUCACCAGAUUGCUCCAAUCCUACUGAAAACAAGCAUACAGCACAGGCCUAGGGCAGUUGCAGUUUUCGCUGCAAAAUCUGGAGGAUUUCCACUCAACUCGUUCUUGAAAAAGUGUGAAAGCUGUGGAGGUAAAGGUGCAAUCGAAUGCCAGGGAUGCAAGGGGACGGGAAGGAAUAAGAAGAAUGGAAAUAUUUUUGAGCGGUGGAAGUGUUUCGAUUGCCAAGGAUUCGGAAUGAAGGGUUGCCCCAGCUGUGGACAAGGAGGACUAACCCCAGAACAAAGAGGAGAAAGAUAAAGAGUUGGAUGAAAAAAAACAAUACGAGUUCACUGAACUAAUUUGGCCCAAUUUCAUUAUAUAUUGACUUACGUGCCCAUGUGAUAUGUAGGAUUAAAUUAGAAUGAAAAUCACUCUGAUUUUAUAUGCGUGUCAAGGACGACUAAAUAUAGGUGUAGUUCAUAAACAAUUUGAAUUUUUCUGAGAACACGAGAGAUUUUUGAGUACGUUUGAAAGAAGGAUACAUACAAUAGAAUUUUAUGGCUUCAUUUCCAUGUA